UCACACGAGGUCGUGUAAGCCUUAAGGUCCCGGCUGAUCAAUUGCUCAAGUACUUUUAACAGCUGAACGGGGAGGUGUGAGUAUUCUAGUCUAUCCCAUAGUUGCAAUGGCCAAAGUGGACAAAAUGUCUCCGAAGUUUUCUGAGCACUCGAAGGAAAACCGGCUGCCUGAUUCAGAAUCGGAUUCCGACCCUGAAGACGACCCCUUGGCAAAUGUUGGAGUCGGACCGAACUUUGGGUCGGUUUUGCGUUCACAGGUUAUUCAUAGCGGACACUUCAUGGUGUCCUCUCCCCACAGUGAUGCCACUCUGCGCAGACGGAAAAGUGUCGUGACCGACUUCGGCACUGUAAACAAGACUGGGUUUCAAACUUACAAAUUUGGUCCAUUCAAUUCUGGGAGCCUUAGCAUCGACCCAACGCUCACACGUUUGUUUGAAUGCAUGACACUUGCAUACAGUGGAAAGAUUGUUUCUCCGAAAUGGAAGUCUUUCAAAGGUCUUAGGUUGCUGUGGUGGGACAAGAUUCGCCUGAACAACGGCAUAUGGAGGGCCUGGUUCAUCCAGUAUGUGGAGAAAAGGAGGAACCCAGUAUGUGGUUUUGUUACUCCACUGGAAGGACUGGAGGCUGACGCCCAUCGCAAACCUGAGGCAAUUGUUUUGGAGGGAAACUACUGGAAACGUAGGAUUGAAGUGGUCAUCAAGGAGUACCACAAGUGGAGAAUCUAUUACAAGAAGAGGCUACAGAAAAACAAAGAUGGGCUUCUGCCAAUGCUUCCAAAGGGACCGAUUGGCCGGGCAGGUCUGGAGAAAUGGUCCAAUCAGAUGUACCAGGAGCCUGACCCGCUGGAGGAGCUGGAAUGCUUCCUGUCGGACAUCUCGGACACGCUGUUCACCAUGACCCAGAAGCCCAGCUCCUGGGGAGACGAGCGCCACAGUGCCUACACCAGUAAUGCAGACAUGAUCCAGCCUGGCCUCACGCCUCUGCAGCCCAGCCUGGACGACUUCAUGGAUAUUCCAGACAUCUUCACCAGCUACCGGGGGCAGGCUCUGGACCAGGCCAGCUAUGCUGACUGUAGCUAUUUUGAAAGCUCUGCUGGCGGGUCGUUCCCCAGCUCCGGCACCCCCACUGUGAGCACCUCGCUGCUGCACACAGACCCCACGCAGCUUUCCCAGCCUAGUCUUUCAGCUGAUCGACUAUCCACACCUUCAUCAUCUGACACCAUUCCGGGCUCCCACUACCACAGACAGCCUCUUACCCCUGACAUGACAUUUGACCCAGCUGCUUUGGGUUGCGACCCCAAGUUCAAAGGUCACACAGACUAUGGCCCCCAGAAUGAGUGUGGCACCACUAGCCUCAUCCCCUCUUAUGCUUACAUCACUCCUGCCAUCACCAUGGCGUCCUCCACCGUCGCUCAAGUGCCCAACAUCAUCACCCACGAGAGUCCCUACCUCUACCCAGGGCCCUGCCACAAAUACAGCAGCGGUGGCGGUGGUGGCACUGUGUCCACCUCCACCGUUAUCACCCACACCGGCUCCACCAUCAGCCUGCCGGGACAGGAUCCCCGCUUCCACGACUGCCCUGGCCUGACCGGCAGCAGCAGUAGCAGCGGCGGCGGUGGCAGUGGCUAUCUCCCCGCUGCCUGUGCCCUCCAGGGCUACCCGCCGGCCCAUCCGCCCUCGCUGCCCACCCUGCCCUGCCCCAGCCUGUCCCACUUCUUCUCGAUGCCCCAGCAGCCCUCGGUGCCCACCAACCGGGGCAAGCACAAGCGCAAGUCGGAGGGUCCCCCCCGCGGGGCCGGCUCUGGCGCUCCCAUUCCGACUCUGCCGCAGCAGACCAGCUGCCUGGCCAAGCUGCUCUCUGCAAGCACUCAAGAGCGGAAGCCUGCAUUGUCAUUUGAUGCACCUGUCCACGGUCCAAAAGGCCCCAGGGCCCAGUCUCCUAUUUCACUGCCUGUAAGGGCUGGCAGCAGUAUGGCCACUGGUCGAGGCGCUCCACAGAUGCAGAUGAGCGGCCACUGGUCCUCCUCUGGGCCGUCCCUCUCCCUCUGCCACCAGGGGGCGCCGGCCGGAGCCUCCCAGGGGUCCGCCGUGUCCGCUCUCCUCACCCAGGGGCCCGGGCUCCUCACCCCCAAGACAGAGAAGCUCUCGCCCGUUAAGAUCUGUGGCACAGAAGGCAGAGGUAUAACAGUGAGUUUUCCUGGGAGCUCAGGCCAGACAUCUCCCACACACCCGCUAGAGAAGGGCUCCAACCCAGGGUCCCCACACUCCGUACCAGGCCACGCUAAGACAGAGCCCAACAGGACUGAAACCAGAAGGAUAACUCACAUCUCUGCCGAGCAGAAAAGGCGAUUUAACAUCAAGCUGGGCUUUGACACAUUAAACAGCGUUGUUACGAGCCUGAGCUCUCAACCCAGUAUAAAGAUCAGCAAGGCCACCACGCUGCAGAAGACGGCCGACUACGUCAGUAAGAUGCAGCAGGAGCGAGCGCAGCUGCACGAGGAAGCCCACCGGCUCAGGGAAGAGAUCAUGGGGCUCAACAACGCCAUCAGUGUGUGUCAGCAGCAGCUCCCUGCCACCGGGGUGCCCAUCACCCCCCAGCGCUUCGACCACAUGAGGGAGAAGUUCCGCGAGUAUGUCAGAGCACAGACGCUGCACAACUGGAAGUUCUGGAUUUUCAGCAUCAUCAUUGAGCCUCUGUUUGAGUCCUACAACAGCAUAGUGUCCACUGCCAGUCUGGAGGAGCUGUGCCGCACCACCCUCUCCUGGCUGGACCAGCACUGCUCCCUGCCUGCACUCAGGCCCACUGUCCUCAACUCACUCCGCCUUCUCAGCACCUCCACGUCCAUUCUGACAGACCCCGGCCUCGUGCCCGACCAGGCCAAUCAGGCCGUCUGUCAGGCUCAUCCCUCCCACAGCUACACACACUGACCACUGACCACCUGGAAACACUUUCAGAGCCAAGGAAAUCGCACAGUGCCAAAACAUUCCCUAAAGACAUGGAAGCCAAGUGAGGCUCAUGAGCUACAUAUUUGCUGGCGGUCACAUUUGACUUAGUUUUUUUUUCAUGAGUGCCUCUCUGUCUGUCUGUCUGUCUGUCUGUCUGUUUGUCUGUCUGCCUGUCUGUUUGUCUGUCUCUCUGUCUGUCUGUCUCUCUCUCUCUUG